CAGUGGCUGCCUCCGUGUUGUCGCCACCACGGCCACUCUCUCUCCCUCCUCUGAAGACGUCAGAAGAAGGCAAAAUGAAAACGAGUUCAGAGUGAUGUCAUGUGUUUAAUAUGGAUCAACAGCACAGGAGGUCUCGCAAAGUGCCUACAGUACAACUAGAAUGCAGCGCUCACAAGAUAGCAAUCUUGACUGCCAGGCUAAGCUGCUUAUGAGAGGACCUUCAGAGAACUCUACAACCAAGCCCCCGCUACUUGGUCCCCCGCAUCGCAUGGAGGAAAACUUGCUCCCUUCUCCUGCUCUUCCGGUCUCCACUUUUAAUCCUUCCCUGGAUUUAAUCAAGUAACUAAAGACGACGUAUGCAAUGGCAGUUUUAAAAGUCAAAUUUACCAAGACCAAGAGGGACAAGCUAGCUCAGGUGCUAUGGAUCCUCAACUGGAUCUCAGUGGUCACAGGAGCCAUUCUGUUCAGCCUCGGGCUCUUCCUCAAGGUAGAGAUCAACAAGCAAGGGGAGCUCAUGGCUGAGAGAGACAUACAAUAUGUACCUAAUAUGCUCAUAGCUGUGGGUCUCAUUGCAUGUGCCAUCAACUUCCUGGGAGGAAAGAUCUGCUAUGACUGCGUCGACACAACCAAGUUCCUGCGCUGGAAGCUGAUCAUGCUGCCCUACAUUAUCUGCACUUUCUUCUUCACCUUCUGUGUGCUGGUGGGAGCUCUCAUGUGCUACACCAUGCGUGGGGAGCUAGAUCAGUCUCUUGACUUGGGGCUUACGCAGGCAAUAAGGUUUUAUAAAGACACAGACACACCGGGACGCUGCUUCCUGAAGCGCACUGUGGACAUGCUGCAGAUCCAGUUCCAGUGCUGUGGAAACAACGGCUUUAAGGACUGGUUUCAAAUCCAGUGGAUAAGCAACCGCUACCUGGAUAUGUCCCAGAAGGAUGUGGUGGAUCGUUUAAGGAGUAAUGUGGAAGGGAAGUACCUGAUGGAUGGAGUCCCCUUCAGCUGCUGCAACAUCAACUCCCCCCGGCCCUGUAUCCAGCGGCAGAUCACCAACAACUCUGCCCACUUCAACUAUGAGCACCAGACAGAGGAGCUGAACCUUUGGAUGAAGGGGUGUCGCCAGGUGCUGCUGGAGUACUACACCCACAUUAUGCAGUCCAUUGGCCUCACGGUCCUCAUCACCUGGCUGUUUGAGCUGUCAGUGCUGACCGGUGUUCGUUACCUCCAAACCUCCCUGGAAAAUGUGCUGAGACAGGGAGACCCCAACUCUGAAUCUGAUGGCUGGCUGUUGGAAAACAGCUUCAUGGAAACUGCUCGUACCAACAUCAAUAUUAUCAAGAGCCUCGGCAAGAGCAACCAAAUAGACACAGCCAACAAUGGGGACCCCAACAUUGAUGUCCCGUCCACCUCCAAGGCGCACUACGGGCCAGACAACGUUCCUCCAAAGCCAAUCACUGAAACCAGUUGAUCUUUUUCAGAAAGAGAGAUCUCGAUCAGUAGUACAUUUGGGUAUUGUUUUUUUUUAAUACAUCAAAGACUAUGGAUUGACAUCCAUCAUAUCCUAAUCCAUUGAUCUGUGGACUUCAUUCUGAAGGCUCAGGAUUGAAGUUUGGCCAUCACCUAAAUGAACUUUGCAGCCAAACACCCUUUUUGUACAUCGCAAACAUGUUUAUUCCACCCAAAACAUACAGAUUUACAACAUGUACAUCUUUCCUGUAAGUGCAGAGACUGGGGGGGAGUUUAGUUGGCUCUGAUUGGUCAGUUCAGCUCUCCUGAGCUCUACUGACAUUUACAUAUGAGAAGCCGUGUCAUUGGCUGCAAGUAUUUGCUUGCCGCAAGUCAUAUUCAGGGACAAAAACCAACUCAAAAGUGUGUCAACAAAUCCCACAACAGUUUUUCUCUCCCUUUUUUGGGCCACAAACUGACAUAGUGCAAAGUGUGUUUACGUAUUUCACACUAGUUUUAAUUUCCUGCCCCUCAGGUGGACACUUGGUUUUUAUUUGUAUCAGGUCAGUGAAACGCUUUUUAUAGAUAAAGGCUAUGUAUUGGUUAAAGCAUGCAUAGGAAAUUGUGUGAGUGUGUAAGGCUUAACAUAUUGAGGGGAUUGUCACACAGAACGUAUUCUGUUUUAGGGAUACCUCUCCAGAAUAUGCCAACUCGACUAAACUAGCAAAACUUUCCAUAAUAUCACUCCUUUUCUUCAAACAUUAUAACAAACCUCGAGUUUUUCUGAACAGCUGUUCCAAUCUGUACUGUGAUGUGUUGUUUACAAAUGUUUUGUUGCCUCUGUGUCAUGCAGUUUUGCAAGAAAUUGCCAAAACAAGUCCUCACACCUGACCGCUGUAACACUUGAAUAAUAGUGGUCUGUUGUUGAACAGGUUAGGGGUGGGCCAGAGGUCAAAACACACUUUUUUUUAACACAUUGUAAGAAGAAAAAAAUAUUUUAGAAAAAAAUUCAAUUUUACCCAGUUAUUAUUUUGGGUGUUAACGUGCAAUAGUAGCUACACUUCUGGACCCAAAGUUUGCUUAUCUGUUUAACAAAGUAGUAAUAAUAGUUAAACAAUUUUAAUCAUCACUACGUUUUAAUGCUUUCACGUAGACAUUUUCAGAUAGGUAAACAUGAAUAAAUACAUGAUACCGUAAAUCUUAUGUGCCUCAGCAAUGCCACCUUUUUUCACAAUGAAACACCGUCGGCUGGGAUGUGCUAUGAAAGGUUUGAGAAUAAAGGUUUGUCUGUUAAAGCUCU